CGCGUAUCCCUCCGCCCGCCUGCGCGCCUGCGCGUUAGGGGUGGCGGCGGAAGUGAAGCGCCGAGGGGAGCCAGAGAGCGAGCUCAGCCCGAGCCUGGAUGUUUCCCCCCCACCCCGUGUCCUCCCCGUUCCUCUUCCCCGGCUGUUCCUCCGACCUACCUCCUCUCCGCCUUUCGGGGGUGGGCGCGGGGAUUACUUUGUGUGUCCGUCCGCGGUCUGAACCUGUCAGUCCUUGUCCUCCUUUCUGUCUCAUUCCUCUCACCUCCCUCUCUUGAAGCCUUCUUUUUUUAAAACAACAAGAACCAAAAAGAGGAAAAAAAACAUUCCCCUUCAGCCAAGCCUGGCCUCUCCUCCCUUUCUCUCCCUCUUCCUCAGGGACUACUUUUCCUCCCUCCCUUUGCCUCACUGAGGACUAGCCUCUUGAACCUCCCAAACUGCCCAGGAGCAGCUGUGUCAACUGUCUCUGCCUGUCUCUCUUCCUUUCUGUCUCCUUACAUUCAUUUGUAUCUCAGAAGCAGCGUCUCUUGCCUUUUCAAUUUUUAUUAGGGGGGGUCUCCUUUCAUCUGACACUUUUGUCCUUUUCUGGGUCAUUUUGGGGGUCUCUCUCUUUCUUGGUGUCAGGCACAGAUUCUGUGUGUCCCCCCUUUUUUCUGGCAACCUCUCUUGCCUCUUGGGACGGGCUUAGUCUUCUCUCCGCCUCCGCCUGCUAACUUAACCAGUGGCCUCUUUAUUUCAGGGGCCGGGGUCUGGCCCCCCACGCUUCCACCAACCUCUGUGCCUCAAAUCAUAUAGCCCCCAGGGACACCUGCCUGCUCCCCUUUUCCCUCUGCCUCUCGUUUGUUUCCCCCUCCGCUGUCAGCUAGUUUUUCAGUAACUACAAGGAGGGCACCAUGUCUGUUGCCGGGUUAAAGAAGCAGUUCUACAAAGCCAGCCAGAUGGUUAGCGAGAAGGUUGGAGGAGCCGAGGGCACCAAGCUAGAUGAAGACUUCAAGGAAAUGGAAAAGAAAGUGGAUCUCACCAGCAAAGCUGUUACAGAAGUCUUGGCUAGGACUACGGAAUACCUCCAGCCCAAUCCUGCCUCCCGGGCCAAGCUGACUAUGCUGAACACAGUGUCCAAGAUCCGAGGGCAAGUGAAGAACCCAGGCUACCCGCAGUCGGAAGGCCUUCUAGGAGAGACCAUGAUCCGUUACGGCAAGGAGCUGGGCGAAGACUCCAAUUUCGGCGACGCGCUGCUCGACGCUGGCGAGUCCAUGAAGCGCUUGGCCGAGGUUAAGGACUCUCUGGACAUCGAGGUCAAGCAGAACUUCAUUGAUCCCCUUCAGAACUUGUGCGACAAGGACUUGAAAGAGAUCCAGCACCAUCUGAAGAAACUGGAAGGCCGGCGCUUAGACUUUGACUACAAAAAGAAGCGGCAGGGGAAGAUCCCGGACGAGGAGCUGCGGCAAGCGCUGGAGAAGUUCGAGGAGUCGAAGGAAGUGGCAGAGACGAGCAUGCACAACCUACUGGAGACGGACAUUGAGCAAGUCAGCCAGCUGUCCGCGCUUGUAGACGCCCAGCUGGAUUAUCACAGGCAAGCGGUGCAAAUCCUUGAUGAGCUCGCAGACAAACUAAAACGCAGAGUGAGGGACACUUCCUCGCGCCCCAAGCGAGAAUACAAGCCGAAACCGAGGGAGUCCUACGAGUUUGGAGAGAGCGACCAAUCCAACGGCGGCUUUUCCUGCAACCCCGCCCCCAAAGUCUCAGCUUCCUCCUCUUUCCGAUCCGAAAAACCAUCGCGGACCCCCAGCAGGAUUUUUUCCCCCCAUUUGGACCAGCCGUGUUGCAAAGCGCUGUACGACUUCGAACCGGAGAACGACGGCGAGCUGGGCUUCAAGGAGGGCGACAUCAUCACGCUGACCAACCAGAUCGACGAGAACUGGUACGAGGGCAUGAUCAACGGCCAGUCGGGCUUCUUCCCUCUCAACUACGUGGAAGUUCUGGUCCCGCUACCUCAGUGAAGGGGGACACACACACACACACCCCUCCGCUCUCAAGCCGACCGCUUCCGUUCUUCCUCUUCCUUCCUCUCCCGCCCCUUCUCUCCUUGGCCUCCCGUCCACCUUUGCACAGGGGGCGAAAAAGAGAGAGGCUCCCGUCCUCCUCCCCACCCCUCGAACUUACAUUCCAUGUGGUAUAUAUACCCAACACUAAUCCCCCGUCCAGCAAGCAAGAAUGUGUGUGUGUUUUUUGGGGGGGGUAACUGUGCUCCUAUCCGUAGCCCGAACCUGGCGGAGGUGGUGGGAGCUAAUCUGUUUGAGUGGGCAAUGCACAAACUGACCCUCCUGUCUCUCUCUCUCUCUCUCCCCUCUGCCCACCUGCCCGUUCUUUUCCGAGGCCUGGACCCAAAUGGGGACCCUGUACUCUGUACACCGCGGCCUUCCCGUUUUGGUUUGCGACCUGGGCUCUCCGUAACGGCCCUGCCUUGGUUGCGGGUUUUUUUGUCUCUCCACCCCGAGCGAAGCACACACUGCCCACAGCCCCAUUGUAGGGAGGCAGGCAGCUGUGAUUGUCUGAGUCGUCUUCCUUGCGCAAUUGCAGAAGUCACCAGGCUGGCCUGGGGAACAGCCCUCUGCGGCAGCGUGUGUGUGUGUGUGUGUUUGUGUGUGUGUGUGUCUUAGAAGCACAAAGCAGCUCCACAAGAUGAGAAGUCACAGCCUUUUGCCUGGCUCGUGUUAAACACUACCAGAGAUCUUCUCCUUUCCUCCUCGUACCCAGGGCACUUGCACCGUUAGGAACACGUCUGAUCCCUUUCAAAAUUUAAAACCCCUUUUUAAGUCAUCUCAGGGUUUCUCUUCUCCCCCACCCCCCAGGCUUGGUUUGGAGCAAAAAUUGGGCACGUAACCUGUGAACUAACACUGGAUGGUGUCGGUUUAAAGGCACGUCCCCCCCUUUCAUGGUUUUCUGAAAAGAGUGUGCAAGUCCCAAAGGCAUAGCCUUUUCUUCACCUCCCCAAAUAACUUGGCCACAGCUGGCCAGCUGAGCGUUGCCGUCUCUGUUCUACGAUUGCCUGACAUUGCGCCAGUUUUUCCCCAUGUUCAUUGCUGGGGAGGGGGUCACCGUUCCCCCCUGGCAACAAGUUUUUAAGGGACCAGGCUGGCUCAAUUUCAAAAAUGUGGGAACAGCCUCCGGGGAAGCCAUCAGGUCUUCUGCGAAAAACCUCGCCUUACCGCCGCAACGGACCAGGCCUCCUCUUGCCUCAAACCCAGUUGCAGGACCUUCUAAGCACACGACCCUCUGUGAGUUUUCUGUCCCCGCUCUAUGUGCCUUGUCCCCUGCUUCCUCUCGAACGCUGGGUUCCAGUUCGGAAAAAAAGGAGGGGAGUGAUUUGUACUCUUCCAGACCCCCCAUCCCUUUAUUCCAAGCCGAUGUCUCCAAAAUACGCCUCUCCCUUUUAUAGUCCUCUGGCUUCCAGGCUCCGUCGAUUCCCUCUAGGCUGGUUUUCAGAAGUCCUCUAGCCUGUCUGGCCAAAGAGUUGUGGGGGCCAGGUGUCCCAGAAUGCAUUUUCCAAUGAGCCUCCUUACCUGCACUGCCUCAGUUUCCGGACUGUAAGGCAAGGGAGGUGCCUUGCAGAUGUUGCGGGUCUCCACCUCCCAUCAGGCCAGCAGUGAUGAGUCGGGAGUUCAGAAACAUCUGGGCGGCGCCCCUGUUUAGCUACCACUGCAUGAAAGGUGCGGCAGUCUUAUGGAAGCAUUCCUUCGGGGGGAGUCAGAAUGGGAGAAAGUGAGGCACAGAAGCCAGCCCACCGCCUCAAACAGCCCCCAGUUAUCUAUAGUGCCAGGGUUUGUGUUCCUGCGAGUCCACGAUCCCAAAACUGAGCCGUCGCCUUGGCUAAGCCAAAGGGUCUUCCCUAAGAAUCACUCACAUAUGAACCAGCGUAGAAGUGGAUGCAGAGAAGCCCACUUCACUUAGAGGGGAGAUACUGGGGGGAGGGCAUCUUUACCAAAGGGCACCCUGGGGCAGCGUCCCCAGAUGCUUGCCUUUUUUUUCUCCCUGACGCACAAGCUUUCUACAUGUGGGGAGAUUUUCUCUAUACACCGUUCAAAAACCCUGUCCCUCCCGAUAAGCAGCCGAUAAAUCUGCAGUUUGGUGGUGAAAGCCCAUUCUCCAAAAUAUAUCAGAGGCUGGAGCCCAGGCAACGCUGCUGCAGUUCAAUUUUUGUUUUGUUGUGUGAGGUACGGCGUUGGACCACGGCCUUGCGAAGGACACAGGCGUGUUGCCUGAGCCUCCUUUGGGUGGGUGGGUGGG